GGUAUGGCAGUAGCCAGGGCGCUGUUAUGGGGUAUGGGGGUGAUCAGGAUGCUGCUAUUAGGCAUGGCGGUGAUCAGGAUGCUGAUUUAGGGUAUGACAGUGAUCAGAGAGCUGAUAAGGGGGGUAUGGUGGUGAUCAGGAUGCUGGUAUGGGGUAUGGUGCUGAUUAGGAUGCUGGUAUGGGGUAUGGCGGUGGUCAGGAUGCUGGUAUAGGGUACGAGAGUGAUCAGAAUGCUGAUAUGGGGUAUGGUGCUGAUCAGGACGCUGUUAUGGGGUAUGGUGGUGAUAAGGACGCUGUUAUGGGGUAUGGUGGUGAUUAGGACGCUGGUAUGGUGUAUGGUGGUGAUCAGGACGCUGUUUUAGGGUAUGUGGUGAUCAGGACGCUGUUAUGGGGGGGUAUGGUGGUGAUCAGGACGCUGGUAUGGUGUAUGGUGGUGAUCAGGAUGCUGGUAUGGGGUAUAGUGGUGAUCAGGACGCUGGUAUGGGGUAUGGUGGUGAUUAGGACGCUGGUAUGGUGUAUGGUGUCGAUCAGGAUGCUAGUAUGGGGUAUGGUGGUGAUCAGGAUGCUGGUAUGGGGUAUGGUGGUG